AAGGCGCGGCCGCGCACCUGGGCAGGUGACGGUGCCGGAGGUGACGGCGCGGGAGCCAUGGCCGCCUCCGCCCUCUUCAUCCUGGACCUCAAGGGGAAGCCGCUGAUCAGCCGCAGCUACAAGGGGGACGUGGGGCUGGGGGACAUCGAGAACUUCCUGGGGGUCCUGCAGCAGCGCGAGGAGGAGGGGACGCUGACGCCCGUCCUCCCCUGCGGCCACCUCCACUUUUUGUGGAUCAAACACGCCAACCUCUACCUGGUGGCCACCACCAAGAAGAACGGCAACGCCUCCUUGGUCUUCUCCUUCCUCUACAAGGUGGUGGAGGUGUUCUGCGAGUACUUCAAGGAGCUGGAGGAGGAGAGCGUCCGCGACAACUUCGUCAUCGUCUACGAGCUGCUGGACGAGCUGAUGGACUUCGGCUUCCCGCAGACCACGGACAGCAAGAUCCUGCAGGAGAAUGGGAAUUGGGAUGGGAAUGAGGAUUGGGUUGGGAAAGGGACAGGAAUUGGGAUGGGAAUGAGGACUGGCGUGGCAAACGGAGGGGUCUCAGGCCGUGCCAGCCCGUGCCAGCCCGUGCCAGCCCGUGCCAGCUCCCAGCCCGUGCCGUGCCCACAGGUGAGCGCCAGCGGCAGCGUGGUGCUGAGCGAGGUGCUGGGCACCAUCAGGCUGAAGGUUUUCCUCUCGGGAAUGCCGGAGCUGCGCCUGGGCCUCAACGACCGCGUCCUCUUCGAGCUGACGGGCCGGGGGACCAACAAGUCGGUGGAGCUGGAGGAUGUGAAGUUCCACCAGUGCGUCCGUCUGUCCCGCUUCGACAGCGACCGCACCAUCUCCUUCAUCCCCCCCGACGGCGACUUCGAGCUCAUGUCCUACCGCCUGCACACCCAGGUGAAGCCGCUGAUCUGGAUCGAGUCCAUCAUCGAGAAGUUCUCCCACAGCCGCGUGGAGAUCCUGGUCAAGGCCAAGGGCCAGUUCAAGAAGCAGUCGGUGGCCAACGGCGUGGAGAUUUCGGUGCCGGUGCCCGGCGACGCCGACUCGCCCAAAUUCAAGACCACGGCGGGUUCGGCGCGGUACCUGCCCGAGAGGAGCGCGCUGCUGUGGAGCAUCAAAACCUUCCCGGGGGGGAAGGAGCAUCUGCUGCGCGCCCGCUUCGGGCUGCCCAGCGUGCGCGCCGAGGAGGAGGAGGGGCGGCCGCCCAUCGCCGUCCGCUUCGAGAUCCCCUACUUCACCGUCUCGGGCCUCCAG